GUCUGAUGAUAGAAUACUAGCCACAUUUCGAAUUGUACGUUACAUCGACUGCACGUGUUAUGAGGCUGAACUUUAAGUUCAAAAAUCUUUUUGGGACAGCCUACAAGUGUGGAUCCGUUGUUUUUACGAACAACGGUUUGGGUCUUUUGAGCCCGGUCGGCAAUCAGAUAACAGUUUUUGAUCUUAAGAAGGAUGAAGUAGCAUCUAUUGAUAUUUCCUCGUUCCACGAUGUGCACCAUUUGGCGUUGUCUCCGUCGAUACCUCUUCUAGUCGCCAUUAAUGAGGUUGGUGAUGCGUCUUUAUGCUCACUCUCCACAGGAGCUGUGAUAUCUGUGUAUCCUUUCAAAGGAGUUGUCUUGGCUGUUUCCUUCAGCCCAGAUGGAAAGUUCAUGGCUGUUGCAAAAGGUAAUAAUGUGAUGCUUUUCUUCGCACCCUCUCCAAACCGCCAGUUUAAUCACUUGGAACUCUAUCGUGUGUUUUACGGCUUUACGGAUAACGUUACUUGUAUUGAUUGGUCGUGUGAUUCUAGGUUUUUCAUUGCUGGAUCAGUCGAUUCCACUAGCCGGUUAUUUUCGGUGUACAAUAUACCCAAAAUAUUCGUCUACACACUAGCUGGACACAAGAACCCCAUUAUGGGGGCAUUCAUACUGCAUAACUUUGUAAAUAUAUUAACAGUCAGCUCUGAUGGCGUAAUAUGUUUUUGGGAGGCAAACGUUUCUCUUGAUCAGCUGAAGAGCAUUGAUGACUCAAAACCUAUCUCAUUAUUUAGGAUCAGCAAUAGAUACCGUUAUACAAACUCUAACGAAGUACAAAUCAACGAUCCCGUUAGUGCAGUGGCAUUUCAUAAAGAUUUAAAGUUGCUUGCAACUGGGUUUGAAUCAGGGUUACUUUUACUACAUACAUUUCCAGACUUCAUAAUAAUCAGUGAAGUAAAUUUGUUUACUAACAGUAUAAGCAGUUUAACGAUUAACCGUAAUGGUGAUUGGAUUGGUGCAGGUUCAGAGUUAUUCGGACAAAUUGCUGUUUGGGAAUGGAGAUCUCAAUCCUAUUACCUGCGCGCCGAUUCCCAUUCUAAGGAAAUGACUAGUUUGGCGUACUCUCCUGAUGGUUUACAUUUGGUAACUGGGGGUUAUGAUAACAAAGUGAAAGUGUGGCGUAUAUCUGGUGGAAGAUGUGUUGUAACCUUUACUGAGCACACAGCCGGUGUUACUGGAGUUGCAUUCCCAGCUCAAAAUUCCAAAGUCGUUUUGUCAGCCAGUUUGGAUGGGACCGUUCGUGCUCAUGAUUUGAUUCGCUACAGGAAUUUCCGUACAUUCACUGUUCCUACUCGUCGCGUUCAGUUCUCGUCGUUGGCUGUUGAUGCGCGUGGCUCUCUUGUUGCUGCUGGAGGUCUGGAUACUUUCGAAGCUUAUGUAUGGUCAGUUAAGACAGGUCAACUAUUGACUACUUUAACGGGGCAUACUUCUCCCAUUAGUGCACUAGCAUUUAAUCCUGCCAUUUCUGGUAUUGAUAUCGAAUUGGCUACUGUUAGUUGGGAUUGUACGCUUCGAUUAUGGGAUGUUACAGGCAAUUCGACUGAUGAAAAUAAUUUAUCUAGUAUGGGUCUUACAAAAGAGGUUGUUAACUUUUCAUGUGAUGCUUUAUACGUUGUAUAUCGAGGUGAUGGUAAGCAGCUGGCUAUUUCCCUUUUAAACGGAAACAUAGUUUUCUAUGAUCCUAAUGAAGGGGUUGAAAUGGGAACCAUAGAUGGUCAUCGGGAUCUUGGGGUAGCACAGACUAAUGAGGAAGACUUAGUUACCCCACGUAGAGCAGCCGAAGCUAAGAAAUUCCAAACUAUAGCUUAUUCUGUCGACGGUGAACAUUUAAUAGCAGGUGGAGAUUCAAAAUAUAUAUGUCUCUAUUCUGUUCCUGAUAAAUUAUUAAUUAAACGAUUUGAAGUCACAUGUAAUCUUUCACUAGCUGGAGUUCAAGAGAUACACGAUCGACGUAACUAUUUACAUCGUUUCAGUAUGGAAACAAUGAACGCCAAAGAAGCACAACGUCCUAGUUUGCGAAUCCCGUCAAGCAUUAAGGGUGAAGAUCGUAGUCGUCGCCAAUGGAGACCUGAAGUGAGAGUUUCUGCAGUUGAAUUUUCACCUACAGGUGAUUCAUUCGCAACUGUCACUACUGAAGGUAUUCUUGUAUAUUCUUUACCAUCUGCUGGGACAGGAUAUGGUAUAAGUAGUAUUUUUGGUUCUUCAAGCUGUAGUGAUAGUGGUUGGUUGUUUGAUACAUUAGGUAUUGAUGAACAAACCACCCCAUCAAACGCUCGUAGUGCACUCACUCAAGGUAGACAUGCAGAGGCGUUGGACAUGGCUAUUCGGUUGCAAUUGCAUGAACUUGUUGAGGAAGUCAUUGAAUCAAUUCCCGUUGACCAAAGUAAACUUUACUUAGAUCAUUUUACAUAUAUUUUUUUUCACCUUUCAGCAAUAAAUCGUUUCAUUACUGGCAUGAUCUAGCUGUUGAAUUUACUUGAUCAAAUCGGUCAUAAAUUUCUAAAUUUUCAGAUUAUAAAUGAAGUAGUUUUAAAUUUUCUUUUCCUAAAACAUUUUACGAGCUUAAUAUUUUUGUUAAGUUACAGUAUCAAUGUUUAAUGCUUCGGUUAUUCCUAUCAGAGACUACAAGUAUAAUACUUUACAGGCACAUUGUCAAUUCGGUAAUUUAUAAUGCUAUGAAAGCUAUCCUCAGCGCGGGAUAUAAGUUGAUUCAACGGUCUAUUCCUAAUAAUCUCAUGGUACAUAUUAUUAAAAAGAUUAGCUAGUAUUUAAUUGUGGUUCGACUGCAGCAGUAAUUCUAAAUGUCAUUAUGGUCAGUGAUUCAGUUCUCUAUCCUCCAAAGACUUUAUGUUCAGUUUUUCUACUGCAACUGUAACUCAUAUGAGAUUAGAUAGCUGUCGCGAUGUAUUGUACUCGUUUUUUCUAUUUCGUACAGUUUAUGCUGAAACCGACAUUAAUUGUAGUGAAUUCGAGUAAGAUGUAAAACGGUUAAGACAAUCAGCAUAGUCAAAUGGCUGUUGUUAUCACUUCUGAGUAUUAUUAUUUAAUAGUAUUUAUGCUAUUUUUAAGUCUAAGUAACUAAAUAAUUUCAUUCAUCAGUACGUAAGUGGGCAGAAUAUGUUCUUGAAUAACGGAAGGUAAGAUAUUAUUGUGGAAAUUUCAUCUUAUUUGAUUUAGGCCUCAACAUAAUUUAUUUAUGAUUGGGUAAGUAUUCUUGGAUGACAUUUCUUUCGUCCCAUAAAAGUAGUUAAAUUGUAUGUAAUUUGUAUUUCGGUUUCCUGUGAUAAAGCAUUAUUCGCUGGAAAUUGUUAACAAUUAGUGAUAUAAACGGUCUCAGUUGAUGAUGCUAACUACUGCACGUUUUCAUAACUAAUGGGAUUAUUUUCAGAAUUCUUGCAAACGAAAAAGGACUGAACAGUUGUUCAUAUUUGUCAAUGGAUUCAUAAGGCGUUAUUACUCAAGUGACGACUUAUAAAGGCAGCGCUGUUUGGUGUUGUGAUGUGUAAACUGAACGGUAAAUAAUUAAACGUUAGCCGAGAUUUAGGAUAACGUGGUGACAAACGUUUUGACAUCGUUCCCUGUUUACUUCAGUCGCUAAGAAUGUGAUGGUUUCUCACUGUCGAAUAGAUUGUAUGUUAGUCAAAAUAUAUUCUGAUCACAUUUGUGUUUCAAUCAACAUGUUAAAAACUACGGUCGAAUUUCUUUCUUUUAUGACGACUUGUACGAAAUAAAUCAUUCGAUUCUAUUCGAGUUGGUUAUUUAAGUUAUUCAGCUACUUUAUACAUGUAAUACCUUCUAAUGAUGAACUGCUGGAAAGUGUUUUCUUGGUAAUGUCCUUCAGCCUACUAGACAAUUUUCGGUUGUGGAAAUAGGUUACACCUACGAUCAUCAUGUUUGUGAAAAAGUUUUUGCAAUGAGUAAAUAUAGAUUAAGUCUUUGUUGUUGAAACUUGAUAUUUGGUAGUGAUCAAUUACUAAAGGGAAAUCUUAUGUCUCAUAAACAAUGUAUUAUUUCAUAGGUUUAAUUUCCACACCGCUGAUAUAUUUUUCAUGAAUUCUUUCUUCAAGGCUGUCUACACUUUUAAUUCUCGUUAUGUUUUAGUCGACUUUUUAGCCCGUCAACUCCCUAUCAAUCAAGUUGCACAUUAUCUCAUCUCUUUUCUUGCUCGUCAGUUGAGUGGCCGAUCACGUCAUGUUGAGUUAUAUGUUCGCUGGACACAUUCUAUACUCCGUUCUCAUGCGUUGAACUUGCGAAGAAUAGCUGCUAAUUCAGCUUUGUCUGAAUGUACGAAUUCUAAGGAGUCAAGAAAUCUUCCGAAUAACGAAUCAAUAGACAACAAAAAGGAACUUAGUAAUCCCGGUUUUUUAACUUUGCAAGGUGAAUGGGCAACUUGCCAAGCAAACUUAGUUCGCUUACAGGCUAGUCUGAAUCAUGUCAAGUCUAAUCUAAUCAAACAUUGCGAAAAUGUGGACAACUUGUGGAAUUAUUACGAAAGUUUAUUCAAACUGUAUCACGAAAAAGAUGAUAAUAAUGUACAGAGUGAAAAUAUCAUGGAAUAUAGUUCGAGCUAAUUAGUUUCAUAUUUUACCUAUUCUCUCUUACAUUAUGAAAAGAGGGUGUAUUUAUAAUUAAUAUAAUUCGAUUUAUUGACAAUAUAAUCACAUCUUUGUUCGUAGAUUAUCCAUUUGUCGUGAAUUGUAUCUUCAAAACGUACCCAUAAUCAAAAUGUUUGUAAAUACAAGUUAUUUUAAAAGUGUUCAUGGUUCUUAUUAAUAGUCGGAACUAAUCAAAAG